AUUUUAUUCAUAAAAUAAAAUAAAAAAUAUAUAUAUGAGAAAUAUAUAUAUUUAUAUAUAUAAUUAAAUUUACAAAAAUAAUGAGCAACCAAAGUUUCACCCCAAUUAGAAUUUUGUUUUGGGUUUAGGCUUACUUUACAGAGGUAAAACAAAACACGGCAUGGAUUGGCUAGACUUGGUUAUAUAAUAAGAAUGAUCAAGUACAUAUGUUUUCGUAACUGGAAACUUCUUUUUAAUGGAGAGGUUUUUGAUUCAAAAGAGAAAUCUUGUUUCAUUUCUUCUUGUUUUGUUUCUCUUUAUCUCCAACGGUUUUGUUUUUAGUCAAAACGAUGUCGUUAACGAAGACUCCGUGUCCGAGCAAGAACGUGUUAGGGUUAGGGUUGGUUUAGUUUUGGAUUUGGGUUCCGUGGAAGGCAAGAUAGUGGGAAGCUCUGUUUCCAUGGCACUUUCCGAUUUCUACGCCGUCAACAGUGAUUACAAAUCAAGAGUCUCUCUUUCAGUCAGAAACUCUCAAGGAGAUCCUGUCCUUGCUCUAGCUUCUGCUGUUGAUCUGCUGCAAACUGUAGGAGUGGAGGCGAUUAUAGGCGGGGACUCGUUGCAGGAAACAAAGCUUUUGGCUGAGAUUGGGGAGAAAGCUAAGGUUCCUGUGAUAUCACUUAACUCUCCGGUUUCAUUGUCAUUGAGAAAAUACAGUCAUUUGAUCCAAGCAACGCAUGAUACUUACUCCGAGGCAAAGGGCAUUACAGCUUUCAUCCAUGGGUUUGACUGGAAGAGUGUUGCUCUUGUUUAUGAGGACGAAGAUGACUGGAGAGAGAGUAUGCAACUCCUGGUGGAUCAUUUCCAUGAGAACGGAGUUCAUAUACCGUCCAAGGUUGCUGUAUCUUCAAAUGAUGAUUGUAUGAUGGAUCGGUUAAGGAAGCUGAAGGAUUUGGGAGCGAGUAUCUUUGUGGUGCACUUGUCUGAGCUUGUAGCAACUUAUCUCUUCCCAUGUGCUGGGAAGUUAGGGAUGAUGGGUGAAGGGUAUGCUUGGAUCCUCACUGUUAAAAGCAUGAACAGCUUCCAUGAGAGAAGUGGCGACGGUUUUUCAAAAGAAGCAAUGGAGGGUGUGGUUGGUUUCAGGUCAUACAUUCCAAUGUCAAAAGAGCUUCAAAAUUUCACUUCAAGAUGGAUAAAAUCACUUCCUGUUGAAGAAGCUGUUGGGUCUGAGAUACUUCGGUUGAGCAUCUCCGGCAUAUGGGCUCAUGAUGUAGCAUGGGCACUAGCAAGAGCAUCAGAAGUUGCUAGGAUCCCAAAUGUGACAUCAACUCUCCUGGAGGCAAUCACACAAUGUAGGUGUAAGGGUUUGAGUGGUGACUUCCAAACCAAGGAUAAGUAUUUCUUGUCAGACAAGUUUGAGAUUGUGAACUUGAUAGGAUCAGGUGAGAGAAGGGUAGGAUUUUGGAAUUCUAAUGGUAGCUUCAGCAACACAAGAGAGUUGUCAUCUUGUACUCAUAACAAGCUAGAGACCAUAUUUUGGCCGGGUGGGACUAUUCAUAGUCCGAAAGGGCGCAAGAGAAAAACACUGAGGGUUCUGGUCACAUCCAGUAACAGGUUCCCAAGACUGGUGAAGGUGGCGACUGAUCCAGUAACAAAAGAAGUAAUCGCUGAAGGGUUUUGUGUAGAUGUCUUUCGAGCUUCCAUUAGCCCUUUCAACUAUGAAGUGGAGUUCACACUUUGGCGCAAUGGUAGCAACUACGACGAUCUUGCAUAUGCACUUAGUAGCCAGGUACUAACCAUAACUCGUUUACAGUUAAAAAGUAUUUUUUUCAUCUACGUAGAGUGUGUGGAAACUGAACUACUUUUAUAUAUACAGAAAGACAAAUAUGAUGCAGCCGUUGGAGAUAUUACAAUCACUUAUAAUAGAUCGAAUUAUGUUGAUUUUACGAUGCCAUUCACAGAACUGGGUGUUGGCAUUAUAGCAUCAAGAGAGAGAAGUGCGUGGGUGUUCUUACAACCUCUAACACCAGACCUUUGGUUAACAAGUGCAGCUUUCUUUGUCUUGACAGGCAUUAUAGUUUGGUUGAUAGAAAAAUCUGAGAACAAGAAUUUCCAGGGAUCUUGGUCGAAACAGAUUGGAGUUAUCUUUUGGUUUGGCUUUUCUACCCUUGUUUAUGCACACAGGGAGAAGCUAAAACACAACUUAUCAAGAUUUGUAGUUACAGUUUGGGUUUUCGCAGUGCUGAUACUGACUACAAGUUAUACUGCAACACUGACAUCAAUGAUGACGGUGCAACAGAUGAGAUUCAACUCCAACAAAAAUCACGUAGGCCGCCUUUUGGGAUCACGCAUCGCAAUGGCGGCCUUCGCCAGUCCCGGCCUCCAAGUAAUGAGUUUGAAGGGUCUCAAUAGUUCUGAAGAAUAUGCUAAACUCUUGUUGAACAAAACUGCCACACUUGUUGUCGAUGAGAUGCCAUACCUCAAAGUCCUCAUUGGAGAGAAUCCUGAGAAGUUUUUCUUGGUCAAGACACAAUGUAUCACUAAUGGUUUCGGCUUUAUGUUUCAAAAGGGUGACGAAUUGGUUCCUAAGGUGUCCAGAGAAAUCUCGAAUCUGAGGACAAAUGGGAAGCUAAACGAGAUGGCGAACGGAUGGCUCGAGAUUCAACUUCCAUACACAACAGAUGAUACAUCAAACCCUAUAACCCUUGACAGGUUCCGCGGUGUAUUUAUGAUCACGGGAGUUUCUUCAGCUUUUGCUCUUGGAGUACUUCUUAUUCACUGGCUCCGAGAUAGAUGGGAAUAUGUUGUGAAUUUGGUCAACAUAUUACUCUUGCAACGACUUGUACAUCUGAGGAACCUCUUCGCAAACAUUAUCCAUCUGAUCAGUCCCCUCGCUGACCCUAUUGGCGAGCAUGCGGUUCAAACAGCUCAACGUAACAUACAAUAGCAACUGGCUCACAUAUUAAAGGUCCAUUAUAUCAUUCAGAGCAUCCUUAAUACAACUAAAGUGGAUGCUCAUGUUCUUGUGCAUGAGUUUAUAGCGUAGGUAUAA